AUGACAGGGGCAAAAAGGAAAAAGAAAAGCGUGUUCUGGAGCAAGAUCCAUACCCCACACUGUGAAGACAUUAAGCAGUGGUGUAGAAGGCGGCUACCUAUUUUGGAAUGGGCACCACACUACAAUCUGAAAGAAAACUUGCUUCCAGAUACCGUGUCUGGGAUAAUGCUGGCAGUUCAACAGGUAACACAAGGAUUGUCCUUCGCUAUUCUCUCGGCUGUGCACCCGGUGUUUGGUUUAUAUGGUUCUCUGUUCCCGGCUAUCAUUUAUUCCAUAUUUGGAAUGGGGCGGCAUGUCGCUACAGGUACUUUUGCCUUGACAUCGCUCAUCUCAGCCAAUGCGGUGGAACGCCUUGUUCCCCUGAGCAGCAGGAACGCUACCACCCAGAGUAACACCAGUGUCUUAGGCUUGUCUGACUUUGAGAUGCAAAGAAUUGGGGUUGCUGCAGCUGUUUCCUUCUUGGGAGGUGUGAUUCAGGUGGCCAUGUUUGUGCUUCAGCUGGGCCGAGCCACGUUCCUGGUCACAGAGCCUGUGAUCAGCGCAAUGACAACUGGAGCUGCCACCCACGUUGUGACUUCACAAGUCAAGUAUCUCUUGGGAAUCAAGAUGCCGUAUAUAUCUGGACCCCUUGGAUUCUUUUAUAUUUAUGCAUAUGUCUUUGAAAACAUCAAGUCUGUUCGUCUGGAAGCGUUACUCCUAUCCUCGCUAAGCAUCGUGGUGCUUGUUCUGGUUAAAGAACUGAAUGAACAGUUUAAAAGAAAAAUUAAAGUUGUUCUUCCCAUCGAUUUGGUUUUGAUUAUUGCCGCAUCAAUUGCCUGUUAUUGCACCAAUAUGGAAGACACAUAUGGCUUAGAAGUUCUUGGUCAUAUUCCCAAAGGAAUCCCUCCGCCUAGAGCCCCUCCUAUGAACGUUCUCUCUGCAGUCCUCACGGAAGCCUUUGGCGUGGCACUUGUAGGCUACGUGGCCUCUUUGGCUCUCGCUCAAGGAUCCGCCAAAAAGUUCAAAUAUUCAGUUGAUGACAACCAGGAGUUCUUGGCGCACGGCCUCAGCAACGUGAUCCCCUCAUUUUUCUUCUGCAUACCAAGUGCAGCUGCGUGGGGAAGGACCGCUGGCUUGUACAGCACCGGAGCUAAGACACAGGUGGCUUGUCUGAUUUCUUGCAUUUUUGUCCUGAUCGUCAUCUAUGCAAUAGGACCUUUGCUUUACUGGCUGCCCAUGUGUGUUCUUGCCAGUAUCAUUGUCGUGGGGCUGAAGGGAAUGUUAAUACAGUUUCGGGAUUUGAAAAAGUAUUGGAAUGUGGAUAAAAUCGAUUGGGGCAUCUGGGUCAGUACAUAUGUAUUUACAAUAUGCUUCGCUGCCAAUAUAGGGCUGCUGUUCGGCGUUGUGGGUACCAUAGCUAUCGUGAUUGGUCGCUUCUCAAGAUCAAAUACGCUGAGUAUUAAAAACAUAAAAGAAAUGGAAUUUAAAGUGAAGACCGAAGCAGAUGGAGAAAUCCUGCAGCGGGUGAAGAUUAUCUCCAUAAACAAUCCACUUGUUUUCUUGAAUGCAAAGAAGUUUCAUAUGGAUAUGAUGAAUAUCAUUCAAAAUGAAAAUGCCAGCAACCAGCUACUUGAUAUCAGCAAGUGUGAACAAAAUACAUUGCUCAAUUCUCUGUCCAAUGGCAACUGCAAUGAAGAAGCUUCCCAGCCUUACUCGAAAGAGAAGAACUCUUUAAUCCUGGACUGCAGUGGACUGACCUUUUUCGACUAUUCUGGAGUCUCGGAGCUGGUGGAGGUUUACAUGGACUGUAAGAGCAAAAGUGUCGAUGUAUCAUUAGCUCAUUGCAGAGCCUCCUUGAUGAAAGCGAUGAGCUACAGUGGCAACCUAGACUCAGAGAAACCAAUUUUUUUUGAAUCCAUAUCUGCUGCAAUAAGUAGCAUCCAUUCAAACAAGAAUUUGAGCAAACUCAGUGACCACAGCGAAGUGUGA